AUGGAGUCUGACCUCGAACAGCUGCGAGCGCACAUUAGAGCGACAGGCUUCAACAGCCCCGUCGCCAAUGCCACCAUCUCCGCUUACAUACGCGCUCACAUCCUCGAGCACCCCAACAAGCUGUUCACUACGCGCGCCCCGCCACUUGAUAUCAUUCUUUUUGCAAUCAACAAUAUCUUCGUUGGUCGUGUCCCCCCGCCGAUAGACAGCAUUCCCGACCUUCUUGAUCUACUCACAAGCGCCGAGUUCUAUCGCAAGAUUGCAUUGGAGAAGGCGAACGAGGCAUUGAAGCUCCAUUUGAAGUACAAAGACACCAGCCCAACACGAACGAGAUUGACAGACGAGGAGGAGCAGCAGUUGCGUGGCCAUGGGGAGCGGGAUGAAAAUUUGAGGUCAAUAUACCUCGAGCUAUAUCAUCAAUUUGCUACCUACCACAUGUAUGAAUUAUGGACUUGCCACCCACCCCGCCCAGCCGACAUGAUUGCCCGUUUCUGCGAGUACUACCCAGAGACUCCUUGGCUUCACCCGCACACCGAGGCUCUCGCUCACCGUCUGUUCUGCCACGAUCUUUCUCCAGCGGAACGGGCGGAAUGUCGUCAGAGGGGACUUGAUAUGUGUAAGUUUAUGACUGAUUCCAGCGAGUGGGCGCAAAAGAACUACCCAGGAGUUCUCAAAUCGCUUGUUUACCAGAAGCCCGAAUUUCGCGCCGAAAUGCCUUGCGAGGUCGAUCAACUUCGUCCCAGUCUUGACUACUACACGAAUACGGUGGAGGCUAUGGUGAACGAGCUCCAGGAUAUGUUCCAAUCCGACCCGCCGUCGCCAACGAUGAAUAAGCGAAAGGGUCAGCAACAGGUUUUGACUCGAGGUUAA